AACGGCUAGACUAGAACCAAAGACUCAGUAGCUUUUCCUAGCUAGGAGCUCUCUGUCUACUCAAACAUAGGUGGUCGGUGGAUGCCGUCAGCAAAAAUACGCAGCUGCAGAAAACUUAACGCAUACAACAUGGCGUCACCGCUAUGUGCAGGUAAGAAGAAUUUGAUGCUAAUUACGGCGACCAUGCUGAUACUGCACCACAGUGCGGCAACGACUGAUGCUUCUGGAGAAAGCAGCCAAGCGAAGGACAGCUGCCAAGACAAGUGUGGCAACGUCAGCAUCCCCUACCCAUUCGGCAUAGGGAAAGGCUGCUCCUUGGAAGGCUUCGAAGUCGUCUGCCCCCCAGAUAAUGUCCCUAUAUUAUUAUUAAACACUUCCAAUUCCAGCACACCUUUAUUGGGAAUCAAUCUGACCCUCGGCGAGGCUCGCGUUCAGAAUAGCAUAGCACAGUACUGCAACUUCACAAAUAACACCGACGUCUUCAAAACUUCUAUCUUUGUUGCUGGCCCUUCCUUCACGGUUUCCGGAGCCAAGAACAAGUUCACAGCAAUCGGCUGUGCUACCGUUGCAUCAAUCUUUAGCAGUCCCGAGUCCUCUCUCACCAGCGCAUGUGGAUCUUUCUGCUACCGGGAGAACAGCAUUGAUAAUGGCACGGAGUGCUUUGGCAGGGGUUGUUGUCAGUCUCCCAUACCAGAAAGGCUGCACCAAUUCUACCCCUCAUUCUACACUGUAUCCAACGACACUGGAGUUCAAAGUUUCAGCCCGUGCAGCUACGCAUUCAUUGCCGAGGAGGACUCGUUUCAAUUUCAUCCUUCCUAUGCGAAAUCGCAGGACUUUGAAAUGAAUUAUGGAUACCCCAUGGUUCUCAAUUGGGUUGUUGGUCAAGAUUCAUGUGCGGAAGCCAGGAAGAAGGAUAAUGGAUUAACAUAUGCCUGCAAAUCCACGAACAGCACAUGCAUCGACAUGCCUGGCCGAGGGUAUCUCUGCAACUGCUCUGAAGGUUACCAUGGAAAUCCCUACCUGGUCGGAGGGUGCAAAGACAUUGAUGAGUGCAUAGCAUUACCACAACCUUGCAAAGGUGGUCAGUGUAGUAACACGAUCGGAAACUACACAUGUACGUGCCCCCGAGGAACUCACAGCAACGAUCCAAAGAGCAUACCUUGCACUAGAACCGACAAUGGCCCCAACACGAAGGUCAUAGGUGUCUCCAUCGGCCUCAUAUGCCUUGUCGUUUGUACCUUCACUGUGCUGAACGCAUGUCAGAAAAGGAAGCUGGCAAAAGAGAAGGAAAAGUUCUUCAAACAGAAUGGUGGUCAGAUAUUAUACCAACAAAUCCUCUCUAAAAAAGUAGAUACAGUGAUACUAUUCAGCAUAGAUGACCUCAAGAAGGCGACAGACAAUUUCGACAAGAGUAGGGAACUGGGCAUAGGGGGGAAUGGCACCGUGUACAAGGGCAUUUUAAAAAAGGAUAACAGGGUAGUCGCUGUGAAGCGCUCGAGGUUUAGCAAUGUGGAAAAAGCUGAAGAGUUCGUGCAGGAGAUUGUUAUACUUUCACAGAUCAACCACAGGAACGUGGUCAGAUUAUUAGGUUGUUGCUUAGAAGUGGAAGUGCCUAUAUUGGUGUAUGAAUACAUCCCGAAUGGCACUCUCUUUCAGUUUAUCCAUGGCAACCAUGGCAGCAGGCCACCUGUUUCGUUGGAAGCCCGUCUCAAAAUUGCCCAAGAAUCUGCUGAAGCAUUGUCUUAUCUUCACCUCUCCACAAACAGCCCCAUAGUCCAUGGAGACGUGAAGUCUCUAAACAUUCUCCUAGACGAAAACUACAUGGCGAAAGUCACCGACUUCGGAGCAUCAAGGAUUCUCCCCAAGGACGCAGUUCAGCUCAUGACAAUGGUGCAAGGUACUCUUGGUUACCUAGACCCUGAGUACUUGCAGGAGCGUAAACUGACAGAGAAAAGCGAUGUUUAUAGCUUCGGAGUUGUGCUUCUAGAGUUGAUUACAAGGAAGAUGGCAAUAUCAUUCGAGGGCCCUGAGGAAGAAAAAAGUGUUGCAUCAUCCUUCCUGCGAGCAUUGAAAGAGAACAGAGUUGAAGGUAUGUUAGACAGUAGCAUAAUGGGCGUGGGAAUGGAGGAGCUCUUCGAAGAAGUUGUUAAACUAGCAAGCAUGUGCUUGAGUUCCAAAGGGGAGGACAGGCCUUCCAUGACCCAAGUGGCCGACAAGCUGAAAGCUAUUCGAAGUACAUGGAGAGAGGUGUUGCUCCUACAGCACCAAGAAACUGAACAUCUAGCUGAGGGGUUGGCAGCUGCGUCUUCGAGUUUUGGCCUGCCGCCAAGCAUGCACUGGACGGCGGGAAUGAUGGGGUUAGAUAUUGAAGCACCACGCUAGACCACAUCGGUAAGCAUGGUAUAGGGACAUCGGAUCAUAGGCCUCGAGUUUAGCUUCCAGCACAUGGAUCAUUGUACUACAAAAUAAUUUCCGCGUAGUCGUGCUGCCAAAAAAUUUCUCAUUUCAUCACGCUGAGUCUUGCGUUGGCAUGUAAUCACGUUAUUGUACCGCAAUUACUUUCUCUGUAUUGUUGUUUACACAUGUUUGUGUAUUAUUCCUGAUUAAAGUGAGGGCUUCAAAAGUGCUCGUUAAUUUUCUUUGCACCAGAAAUGCUCUGAU